UAGAAUUUGUGCUUCAUUUUCAUAUUACUUUAUUAUAAUUCUAUGCUUAUUAUUUGCCUAAUUGAGAGGUUUGAAUUAUAUUUUGUGUUAAAAAUGAAUUUUAGAGUGCAGGGGUUUUAGUGGAAGAAUUUGAGAUUUAUUUGGGCUAAAUUGAGAAGAUGACAAGUUGAUGGAGUUGUCUGAAGUGGAGUUCCAAAUCUAUGACUCAUUUAAAGUGGAAAAAUUGCAAAUAAGGCCAAAUCUUGUGAACUUAGCAGCCCAUAUGUGAUAAUUGGAAUUGGAGCUGAAGUUUAUUAAAACCAAGAUACUCUUACGUAGCUAAAUAAAAGAGGAUUACUCCUCUUGACUUGUACGGCACCAGCAACCCAAAUCCAGGAAGAAGAAAAAAAAGAGAGAAAAGGCCCAAGAACAAAGGAAGCUGGAGAGGGUUGAGGGGUCGGGGGCUCUAUUCUUUUUGGGGGCAGAUCCAUCUAUUCGGCAGUAACGGAGCGGAUUCUGGCGGCCAGGAGGGAGAGCUGAAGCCGGACAGUCGGGGCUGCUGAGUCGCUCAUAGCAGCCUGAAGGAGGAAGGUUGGAGGUUUAGUGUUGCUGUUCAGCAUAUGAUCUCCACCAAACUGGUUGGGACCGAAAGAAGUUUGCUGAAUUCCUGAUUUCUCUAAGGCAGCACCGAUUCUGGUUUCAAGUUUCUAUUUAAAUUCUCCGUAUACACUAGUUUAAGUUCUGAAUUUGCUUCUUACAACUUUAAAUGCUUACAGCUAUUCGGUAUUUUUUUUUAGAUGAUUGGAAUAAAUUGCUAUACUCUUAUUGUCUUAGUUUAUUUUUCUAUGAGUAGCUAAAUUUCUUAGUCCAGGAGUAUGAUAAAGUUGCUAUGAUUUAGUAUAAGAUUGUGAUUUUAGUUAUGUCAAUUGGUUGAGUUUUAUCCAUUGUUCUUAUUCGCUUAAUUUGUUGUGUUAAUUUCUGGCCAAUUUUAAUAUGACUAAUCAAGUUGUUUGAGUGGAUUAAUAGAGUACAUGCCAUGCCUAUUAAUUCGAGCUCUUUUGGAUAAAAGAAUAGAUAAUUUGGCUGUCUUGUUAGGUUAUCUAUUUGGUUCUUAAAUCGGGUUUCCGUAGUUCUUUUGUGAUUAAUGGAUUUUAACUAUUGAAUUAAUUAUUUCCUAUUGAUUAAUAGUUAAAGUACGUGACUUAUUCUGGACGCCAUACGGAAUAGUCAUAUUUUUGCCUAGAACGAACCCUCAAUUCUAAUUAACUAACUAAAUCACAAAUACUAAAAAUUAGCGACUGAUUCAUAAUCCUGGACUACCUUUUAUCUUGCUAAGUUCACAAUUGUUUUCCCGUUAGUUGUUCAAUCAUUUUAUUUUCAUUCAUUUAAAUUCCUUGCAUCCAUUUUAAUUCAAGCUUUACUUUUCAGUUUCAAAUCAAACAAAUUCAAAAUUGAUUUUUUUUAGUUAGAUUAAUUUCACUUUUAUUUUUAUUAAUUAAUAGCUUUCCAAUUACUUAGUUGCAUUUUCCCCGUGGAUUCGACCCUUACUUGAGCACUAUACUACUGCGACUCGUGCACUUGCGAGGACUUAUAAAUUGUCUAUCAAUUUUUGGCGCCGUUGCCGGGGAAUUUGUUUAACUAGUUUUUUGGAAAAUUGUUAAUUAUGUUUUAUUUUAGUUAGUUGUGUUUGUUUUUCUUUUUUUUUCGUUUUUUUUGUAUGCUUGGUCGCAGGUCACUUAAUCCAGAUUUUAUUCCGCUGAACGACCAAGUUGAUUUAAUUGGCAAAAGAAGAAAAAGGAAGCUCGAAUUUGCUUCUAAUCCAACAAUGGGUGACGCGCAACUUAUGAAAGAGUUUGGGAGACCAACUGUAGGUGUCUCCCCGUCCUGCAUUGUACUAAGUGAGGCUGCCCGGAAUUAUGAUCUAAAGACGGUCCACUAUAACCAACUGCCAUCUUUCUAUGGGCUUUCUUCUGAGGAUGCGCUGAUCUUUAUCCGAGAUUUCUACGGCAUCAUCCAAAAUUUUCCCUUGCAAGGAGUGAGUGAAGAUGAGCUGAGGAUGAGGUGCUUUCCGUACACUCUCAAAGAUGCUGCUAAGACAUGGUUUAUGUCUUUAACACCUGGUUCCUUGCGCACAUGGGCUGAUGUCUACAAUAAAUUCAUUGGCAAGUAUUAUUCUCAGUCAAAAACUUCAGAAUUAAGAAGAAAAAUUGCCAAUUUUACUCAAGCUGAAGGUGAGCCAUUUCAUGAGGCGUGGGAGAGAUUUAAGAUGCUGCUCACUCAAUGUCCACACCACGGUUAUUCAUUGGCGCUCCAGAAUCAGACCUUUUAUGACGGUUUAAACCAAGGAUGUCAAGCUAUUGUUGACAACGCAGCUGGAGGAGCAAUGGGAGAGAAGACCGCGGAACAAACAUUAGAGCUUUUCGAGAUGCUUGGAGCUAAUUCCCAGCAGAAGAGUGUGAGAGGCAGGACUCCAGGAAUUUAUGAAGUGGGUGCAAGUACAGAAUUGGCCAUCCAGAUAUCUGAGCUCUCUAAACAAAUGAAGAACAUGUGCACUGUGAUGACAACAAUGAGCAUGUCUACUCCUGUUGUGAAUGCAGUACCUGAAGGUGGUUUUGAGCAAGCCCACAUGAUGAACUCCUACAAUCAUGGGCCAAGAAAUGAUCCAUUCUCCAACUCUUACAAUCCCGGUUGGAGGAACCAUCCUAAUUUCUCAUGGAGUAACACACAACAAAGCAACCAGCCACCACCUUUACAGAAGAAGCCUGCUUUGGAGGAUACUUUGCAAACUUUCAUGCAAAUCUGCACCCAAAAUCAGCAAGCAAAUGAGCAGCGUUUUCAGCGCACCGAGGCCUCUUUGAGGAAGCUAGAAGUACAAGUUGGACAGAUUGCUGAAUCUCUCCAAGGACACGUGCAAGGGAAGUUACCGAGCCACAUUGAGGAGGCAAAAGCUGUCACAGUUCUUAGGAGUGGGAAGAUAAUUGAGAAAGAUGAAAGGCAGCCCAUUUUGAAGCCACCGGAAGAGGUAGAAGCUGAAAAUAAAGAACUUGAAGCUGAAUCAGUGAAUGAGGAGACCGGGCUGCACGAAGCUGAAGAUCCAUAUGUGCCGCCUAAGCCAUAUGUUCCACCCGUUCCUUUUCCAAACAGGUUAAAAAGUUCUAAGCUUAACAGUUCUUUUGAAGAGAUUUAUAAGUUGUUGUCCAAAGUUAAUGUGAACUUGCCUCUUCUUGACAUGAUAAAAAACAUGCCUGCCUACGCUAAGUUUUUGAAAGAAUUGAGCACUAGAAAGCGUAGGUAUGAACCAAAUGAAAAAGUUUUUGUUUCUAAGGCUGUUAGUGAUGUUUUACAAAAAGAUUUGCCCCCGAAAUUAGAGGACCCUGGCAGUUUUAUAAUCAACAUUAAUUUAGGGAAUUCUAAAUCUGAAAAAGCAAUGCUUGACUUGGGGGCAAGUAUUAAUUUGAUGCCUUAUUCUGUUUACUUGAAAUUAGGGCUGAAUGAGCUAAAAUCCACUACUAUGUCCCUACAGCUUGCUGAUCGCUCUAUCAGAUAUCUUAGGGGCAUUGUAGAGGAUGUUUUAGUUCAAGUGGAUAAGUUGAUCAUUCCAGCUGAUUUUGUGGUUUUGGAUAUGGAUGAUCAUUGCAAAUAUGUGAAAGAUAUGCCAAUUUUACUUGGCAGACCUUUUAUGGUCACGACAAAAACCAUGAUUGAUGUUCAAAAUGGAAAAUUGACUAUGAGUGUGCUUGAUGAAACUGUUGAGUUUUCCAUUUUGAAAUCCAUGAGUAUGCCUGCUGAUUCUAAUUCAUGUUUUGCACUUGAUAUUCUUAAUCCGAGUGUCUCUCUAGACAAGUCACAGGAAGAUGGUCUUGAGAAUCAUGCUUUUGAGAAAGAGAAAGUUUGCAAGAAGUGCAUUAAUUGUUUGCAUCAAAAGUCCAUUUUGAGGAAGGAUUUUAAACCUGGAAUUAAAGUGUUAUUGCUUGACUCUCGUUUAAGAUUUCUUUCAGGAAAAUUAAAGUUUAAGUGGACUGGUCCGUAUGUGAUUCGCCAAGUUUUUCCCGAUGGUGCAAUUGAGCUUGAAAAUCCAAAAUCUGGGAAUAUUUUUAAAGUGAAUGGUGAGAGAGUGAGGAGCUAUUCAAGCAGUGAAGAUUCUUUUGAGCAAGUUUUAUUUCAAGAGGUUACUGUUUUCGUUUGAAGUGCAUUCAGGGAGUAUCUUUUUCUUUUUCUUUUUUAUUAAUCAUUCAUUGUGCAUAUUGUUUAAAAUAAGUGUGGGGGGAGGAGUAGCUCUCAUUUUUUUUUAGUUCUAUCUUAGUUAAAAAAAAAAAAGAAAACUGCAGAAAAAAAUUCAGAAAAAAAAAACUGUUUUUCUUGCUUGGAUUUGAGGGAAAUGUAAUUUCAGGAUUACUUUUUGGUUUCAAGUUGUGAAAAUUUUCCCUUUCAUUGGUAUGUGGUAUGAUUGGUGGUUUCCAUGAUAGAUAUUCUCUUGAAUUUGAUUGAGUUCUUCACAUUGUUUUUACUUGGAGUCAAUUUCUUAGCUUCUUGUGUCAUUAAUUUUGAUGUACUUUUCAAUUCUUUAUGAUCUUUUAGGAUGCAUCUUGAACGUUCUUGGAAAGAGUGUGAGUCCUUUGACUUUUAGCUAGCAUGAUAGAACUUGUCUUGUUGCUCUUUUGGAAGCUAAGUUAUAGUGCAAAUUGAUUGAGAAGUGAUCUAGGCCAUUUUUCAUAACCCGAGACUUUUAGCCUACCCUUUGCAUUUUAUUUCCGCUUGCUACCCCUUUGAGCCUACUUGAUUUAAAGCAUUAUACCGUGCUUUUGACUAAUAAUUUCUUUGUGAUAACCUAUCAUUAUUUACCCGAGCCCAAAUAGCCAAAAAUUUUCCCUCACCCUUGAGUUGACAUUUUUUUUACUUAAAUUGUGACUUGGAAGAGUUUUCAUCUUAUUGGAGCAUUUCUUUUUCCGGCAGAUUGUAUAUGUAAUAUACUUCUGGCAGCUUGACGUUUCCUUUUAGAAGUAGUGUUGAUGUAGCAUUCAAAAAAAAAAAAGAGCUGAAAAAAAAAAGCAAAGAAAAAUACGAAAAAAAAAGUGAUAAAAAAAAGAAAAAAAAAGAUGAGUUGAGUUGAAGUUUGUAUUCUUUUCACUUUCUGUAUGCACUCCAUUGUCGUAGAAGCCGGUUGAUUGUUGUAAUAGUUUUUUGUGCUCCUUUAUCAUAUUUUUGAACUCUUCCUAGGAUCAGUUUGGUAUAAAAAAAAAUGUCUUCUCCUUUGUUUUGAAUCACCACAUCCUUUCUUUCAUAAACCAUCACCCAUCACCACGUUACAACCCAAUAAAAGUCCUAAGUGAUCUUGAUCAAGUUGUGCUUUGAUAAGGUGGAAGGAAGAGUGCAUGAUGACUAUAGAGUGUUGACUGAUUGGCUUUGGAUUUUGCAUGAAUUCUGGAAAGUUUCUUGAGCAUCUCACUAGGUCAUUUAGAAUUGUAAAAUACAUCUCUAUUAAUGACAUGUGAGACUUGGUAAUUGCCUUCUGAGUUGGGCUUUGUGGUGGAUACUUGAUUCGAAUUUCUUGGGGUUAUCUUGUAAUGGAAGGGAAUGUUGGUAUGCUUGGUGAGUAAAAGGGGAUUUUGAUCACUUGUAGCUGAUUUGGUUUCUUGAUAUUAAUUUUCCUUGAGGACAAGAAAAAUGUAAGUGUGGGGGAGUUUGAUGAGCUAGAAUUUGUGCUUCAUUUUCAUAUUACUUUAUUAUAAUUCUAUGCUUAUUAUUUGCCUAAUUGAGAGGUUUGAAUUAUAUUUUGUGUUAAAAAUGAAUUUUAGAGUGCAGGGGUUUUAGUGGAAGAAUUUGAGAUUUAUUUGGGCUAAAUUGAGAAGAUGACAAGUUGAUGGAGUUGUCUGAAGUGGAGUUCCAAAUCUAUGACUCAUUUAAAGUGGAAAAAUUGCAAAUAAGGCCAAAUCUUGUGAACUUAGCAGCCCAUAUGUGAUAAUUGGAAUUGGAGCUGAAGUUUAUUAAAACCAAGAUACUCUUACGUAGCUAAAUAAAAGAGGAUUACUCCUCUUGACUUGUACGGCACCAGCAACCCAAAUCCAGGAAGAAGAAAAAAAAGAGAGAAAAGGCCCAAGAACAAAGGAAGCUGGAGAGGGUUGAGGGGUCGGGGGCUCUAUUCUUUUUGGGGGCAGAUCCAUCUAUUCGGCAGUAACGGAGCGGAUUCUGGCGGCCAGGAGGGAGAGCUGAAGCCGGACAGUCGGGGCUGCUGAGUCGCUCAUAGCAGCCUGAAGGAGGAAGGUUGGAGGUUUAGUGUUGCUGUUCAGCAUAUGAUCUCCGCCAAACUGGUUGGGACCGAAAGAAGUUUGCUGAAUUCCUGAUUUCUCUAAGGCAGCACCGAUUCUGGUUUCAAGUUUCUAUUUAAAUUCUCCGUAUACACUAGUUUAAGUUCUGAAUUUGCUUCUUACAACUUUAAAUGCUUACAGCUAUUCGGUAUUUUUUUUAGAUGAUUGGAAUAAAUUGCUAUACUCUUAUUGUCUUAGUUUAUUUUUCUAUGAGUAGCUAAAUUUCUUAGUCCAGGAGUAUGAUAAAGUUGCUAUGAUUUAGUAUAAGAUUGUGAUUUUAGUUAUGUCAAUUGGUUGAGUUUUAUCCAUUGUUCUUAUUCGCUUAAUUUGUUGUGUUAAUUUUUGGCCAAUUUUAAUAUGACUAAUCAAGUUGUUUGAGUGGAUUAAUAGAGUACAUGCCAUGCCUAUUAAUUCGAGCUCUUUUGGAUAAAAGAAUAGAUAAUUUGGCUGUCUUGUUAGGUUAUCUAUUUGGUUCUUAAAUCGGGUUUCCGUAGUUCUUUUGUGAUUAAUGGAUUUUAACUAUUGAAUUAAUUAUUUCCUAUUGAUUAAUAGUUAAAGUACGUGACUUAUUCUGGACGCCAUACGGAAUAGUCAUAUUUUUGCCUAGAACGAACCCUCAAUUCUAAUUAACUAACUAAAUCACAAAUACUAAAAAUUAGCGACUGAUUCAUAAUCCUGGACUACCUUUUAUCUUGCUAAGUUCACAAUUGUUUUCCCGUUAGUUGUUCAAUCAUUUUAUUUUCAUUCAUUUAAAUUCCUUGCAUCCAUUUUAAUUCAAGCUUUACUUUUCAGUUUCAAAUCAAACAAAUUCAAAAUUGAUUUUUUUUAGUUAGAUUAAUUUCACUUUUAUUUUUAUUAAUUAAUAGCUUUCCAAUUACUUAGUUGCAUUUUCCCCGUGGAUUCGACCCUUACUUGAGCACUAUACUACUGCGACUCGUGCACUUGCGAGGACUUAUAAAUUGUCUAUCAACUUUGCUCUUGUUGGGGAUGAGAGAUUGUGAGGUUGAAUCUUCCCAACGUAAGCUUUUUCUUGUUUUGUGUUGUGGAGUUUGAAUCUCAAGAAUGCUUGUAGUAUGAAGUUCAGAGCAAAAAGUUGUCUUCCUUGUUCUUCUUCGUGUAGCUUAUAUACUGAGGUUGUCUGCCCGUUGGAGGAGGAGACAACUGCA